GCCUCGCCGGCGAAGGACGUAUCGUCAUGUUUCGGGCUGUGUCGGUUGGAUGGAAAAAAUAUUGGUGGGGAACAGGUAUAUUGCCAGAUAGAUCAAACCAAGUUGAAGACAUAUAUCUUCGAUUUUAUAAUGGAAGCACAUGUGAAGAAUACGUGGACAUUUCGCUGUCGCAAGCAGAACGGCUUUUCACUAUCAACGGUUUCAAUAAAAGUGGCCCUACCGUCUUAUAUAUGCAUGGAUUCAUUGAAACGGCGCAGCAGGAAAGUAUUCAGGUCAUUGUCAACGCUUACCUAGAAGCAAGGCCGGACGUAAAUGUGAUUCUAUUAGAUUGGUCAAAUAUGGCCCAUGGUUCCUAUUUAGUCAAUGCCGCUAGAAACACAAAAAAGGUGGGUUCAGCAGCAGCUGAACAGCUGCACCAGCUAAUAGAGUCGGGACUGUCUUUGGACAAGCUGCACCUAAUAGGACAUUCACUUGGAAGUCAUGUUGCAGGUUACUUAGCGAGGGAUCUUAAGAGUAAAUAUGGAAAAACUGUUAAAAGGUUGACGGCGUUAGACCCAGCUUUUCCAGGGUUUUAUCCCGACGGUAUCCUAAUGGAGCACGUGUCUGAGAAGGACGCUGAGUUUGUUGAUAUCAUUCACACCGACGCCGGCGCAUACGGCGCUCCAGUGAGGACCGGUACGGCUGACUUCUGGCCCAACGGUGGAAAAAGUGUACAGCCAGGAUGCCCGCGAUUCGCUCCCAUACCUCUUAGCGAUGAUAAUCUUUGCAGUCACUGGCGAUCUUGGUGGUUCUUUGCAGAGUCAAUAAGAAACCCUCAAGCUUUUCCAGCAUCGCCUGCAGACUCGUAUCAUAAAUUUAGAGAAAACCCCACGCCCGAAGUCGGCAUGGUGUAUAUGGGCGAUAAUUGUGAUCACAGCGCUCGAGGAUCAUAUUAUCUAACGACGAAUGCAGCAUCACCUUUCGGAAAAGGAAUAGACGGAAUUUAUUAUAAAAAGAAAAACUCGAAAAACAAAGUUGAUAUAAAAUAAACUAUAAAUAGUCUGAGAUAUCAUAAAAUAUUACAUCACACUACAUCAGCACAAAUUAUUAACAUUAUUUUGCUUUAGACUUUAUUUUGUGAACUUUUUAAGGCAAUAUCUAUAAAAAAAUCCUGUCCGUGAUGAUUAUUGUUGAAUUAAUUAGUAUGAGCUAGCUAAUACGGUGCUCGGUUAGAAUGUAGAAUAGUUAUACGAUUAAGGAAAUAUUAUUUGUAAUCUCAUUUAUAUUUCAACCAUGCCUAAUAAUUAUUUUAUCUUUAACGAAACGGAGAGAUAAUAUUUGCUCUUAACGGUGCGUACAAAUUACGGACGGCAAACCAUUAAAACCUCGAUAUCGGUUUUUGAAAGCGCAUCAAAGGAACUUCUGUCUUUCAUUCGCGAACAGUUUUAGACAGUUGUAGUUUAGAUUUUAGCGGCCUUACUUGGCAUAAAGUUAUAACUAAUCAUAAACCAAGAAUAUGCAAAAUGUUUACAAAUAGACAUUUUGCUUACGAUUGGUUUAUUCGGACGUAUAACGUUUCCCGCGUUUAUUUGCAAAGCAGCUUUUUAUUCGAAAAACUACAGAAUUAUCAUUGUAUUGACAGUAUUGUCAACGAUUUUGUAAACAUUUUGCAUAUUCUUUGUUUAUGCUUAGUUAUAACUUUAUACCAAGUUUAUUUUGUAAGGCCGUAGGUGUAUAGGCUCGCGCGGCGAUUAUGUAAAAAUGGAUAUUUAACAAUUAAAUUGCCUGUUUUGAUAUUCUCCUACUAUUAUAAUACUAUUACUACUAUAGGAGUCUGCAGGUGCCCGAAAUUUUAAAGUUAUUGCUAAUUUGGUUUACAAGAAUGAACUGGUCUAUCUAUUCACCUGAAAUCGGCAAGUGGCCCCGCGGCGCGGUAUGCCUUAGAUCAGCGUGAUUUUGGCACGCACGCAGCAGCCUGUCAAUGCAUAUUAUUUUACGUGUAUUAAUAUAUUGCUUAUCAUUAGGAUAACUUGAUUGAAUGUAUCAGAAAGCUAUUGAAAAUAAACCAUAUUGUAAACAAAAUAAGGGUCAAAACUUGAUCAGGGCGUAGUGUGCCGUACGGCACUUUCGAUUUUGGUGUAUCUGAAAAAUCUAGUGCAUUGGGGCACUUGCCGGUGGCUGUUCAAGCCGGAAUGGCUUCGCGCGGCAAUCACGUUCUACUAAAUUUGUGUCAACAUAUUGGCUCGUGUGGCAAAUGAAGGUCAACUAGGUGCGAAUAUGGGCUCGCGCGACUCCCACGCGGAAUUUGUACGCACCCUAAUACUUCUCUCCAAAAUUAUGUAGUUAUAUAAUAAAAUUCCGUAAUUACCUUGCCUACAUUUAUAAGUCUAGUAUAUUGUGUAUUGAUGUUCGAUUUUUGAUUUUUAUAGAAACUUAAUUAGUUAUAAUAUAAAUCUGUGAUCAAAUAAAAAUUUACUUAUAAUAUCUUCAUGUUAUUAGAAUUAAUUUAGUUUUAAGCAAUUAGUUAUACAUGUGAAUAAAGUGAUAUUCAUAUCUUUUGAAAUAACAACGGUCAAAACUUAAAUAAUUUAUACAUCUAGAUAGACUAUAACAGCUGUGAAUACAUUAAAAAAAAUAGCGGUGAACGGUUAGCCUCUAUUUCCAGCAAACGCGAGUGUAAGACGUUGCUGUCAUGCACACUUAACCAAUGAACCUGGCCUGUUUUCAUGCCUUGCCUAGUUGCAAGAAGUUCUAUCUAGACAUAUAAAUUAUCUAAAGGUCAAAGCUUUACUUAAAAUGUGUCUUUCAAUAUUGUAUUUUGAGUUCGUUUAAAUUAUCGAUUAAUUAAACUGCUCGAACACUUAAGUACCACAAUACAAGUAGCCAAUAGGACAGUAGCGUAACUCAGCACUCUCAUUGAAAUUUAUACCGACGCGAGCGCUAGGGUUGUUACAUCUAGAUAGAUUGACGACGCGGACGGCACGGUGCAGCUAAUUUCUCAGUCUCAGCGGCGUAUGGCGUGGCACUCAAUUGGUUUGUCUCCCCAAGAUUGCUUAGCGGUAAAUCAAAUUCAGGCUGUACGGUGCAACCGCAAAUUUCUCAAGUCAGCAUUUUUACGCGACACGCGCGUUUUAAUAAUUAGAUUAAAAUUGCUUCAGUAUGCAUCGAUCCACCAAGGGACUCGUUCGUGCUCAUAAUCCUUAAUUCUCCAUCAAAGGAGUCGCAAUUAGCCAUAAAUCAGGCCAUAAAUUAAUUAAUAUCAACCUAUAGUUUUGCCUCCAAGGGCCGCGUGUGUUCGUUACCUUCAUUCACAUUCACAGUCAGUAGCUCAUUAGAAUAAGUAUUCCGGACAAUAUACUUUUUUCCUUACUGACUAUCGUAGUUUCACUCAUCUUCAACAUUCAAAAGAGCCCAUAUGGUCAUCAACAGACCAUACAUCUCUUUUUGGUCCUUCGAGCCGGAUAUGAACCAGCGACCUAUGGAUAGUUGCUCUGGCUUUGGCUCUUGUAUAAAAAGGCACUUGUUUGGACUUCUGUGCUGAAUAAGUCUGCAAUCUGUCAGUUUUGGUGAUAAAUGGAAAUUGAAUAAGAUCCUGCACAAUGAUUUUAUCUAAAAAAUUACUGGUCUAAACGUUUAUUGAUUUUAUUUACACAAGAAACGUUUUCUCAUUUGUUUUGAGUAUUGAUUGAGCAGUGAUUUUUGUAUGCUUUUUUAUUAAUUAUCAUAGUCAUAAUACGUUUAUAACAAUUUUUCUUUAAAAUUAUCCAAAAAAUUGUUGAUGAGUAAUCAAUAUAAUCAGAUAAGUAAGAGACUAUCUGAAAACAAGCAAUUCAAUCUCUAAAAUAAAAUGUUCUUGCCUCUUGUUCACUUCCAUGGUUGCUAGUGACUAUUAUGUGAAUAAUUAUUAUGUACGCGUUAGGCAGGAUCUGUUAAAAGUUUAUUAAGUAUAAUUAGUAUCCAGUAUAAAAAAAAAUUAUGCUUCUUUACAAUCUCUUAACUAAUUACACUAAUCGCCUUUUGUGUAAAUUAAAACUUAGUAGUGUAUAACGAUUAUCGUCGAUUACCUGUUGUGCCUUAUAAUGGUAUCGCGUGAGUGUAUUUGACAAAUAUAAAAAAUUACAACGAUUAUAUCAUUUUAAGUUGAGUUAUGUCCUAACUGGUGAGAAAUUAAUGAUACUCGUGGAUAGUUUGGCAAUCAUGUAUAGAGAAAUAACAUUAAAAAUAAAUAUUAAUUGACUACAGACAUCGCGCGAGUUGGUUUCAGUCGGGGCCUGAGUGGGACUGCGGACCGUGCGGGAGCAUCUCCCCCCGCUCUCCGCACGCCUCGCCUCGCGCGCCUGAAGUGUAGUGUUGUGCCGUUCUUGUCAGUUAUCGUUGUUAUCGUACGCUUACUGUGUUAAUACUGAAGUUGCGAUCCCCUGUUAUUUUUGAUUAUUAACUGAUCCGAGUCCAUCAGAUUUCGUUCCAAAAGAAACUAGUUUUUAUUCAUAAGCGCAAAUUAUUUAGACAUGUGUGUUGAAGAAAAGCAGGACAAGAAUUUAAGAGUUAAUUAUUAGCUUUAAAUGGUGAAUUUGAAGCAUUGUUUAAAUUUAUCGACACACUCAUCACUAUCGUCAUAAAUUAUAAUAAGGUCACAGCACUAUCGCAUUCUUGAACUCUGCAUUCAACUCGCGCGUAAUCUGUAUUUAGAGUCAGAAUAAAGUUCCAAGUAUUUUCCUAUAUAGUUAGUGCCCCAUCAGCUGUAUAAAAUAUAAUAAAAAACUAUAACUUUCAAUUACAAAACAAAGAGAAAGUUCAGUGUAAGAGUUAAUUCUACUAAAAGUGUUUUUUGAUUUGUUAUUCGUUUGUACAUAUUAAGUUUUUUAUAAUUAAAAUUUUAUCUGGCCUGGUGAAACAUGUCAUGGGAAUACCUGGGGAAAUAUUAUUCCAUUUAGUUAAAAUUUAGAAAUGAAUGUAUAGUAUUAUUCGUCAUUAAAUAUCACUCCAAAACUUUUACCUACCUUACAGUUGUAAUAGAUUGACAGAAAUUAUGAUUAAUUAAUAUUGAUAUUGCGGCAAAUCUAAAUAAAAAUAGUUCCAUGAA